AUGGAAUUAGUUGAUGACGUCAAAGCUCGGUUGGCCACAACAAGAGAGAGUGGUUGGGAUAAUUUAUUUGCCGAUGUCCAAGAUUUUUGUGUUGCUAAAGGUAUUCUGGUUCCAAAUAUGGAUGAUGAAAUACCAGUUCAGGGUCGUUCAAGGGUAGAAGGGAGGACUAUCACUAAUCUUUACCAUUACCCUGCAUAUAUUUUUUAUGUUGCUAUUGACAAAAUAUGUGUGGAGAUGGAUCAUCGCUUUAGUGAAGGAAGUAACAUUAUCCUUAAUUGUUUCUCAUGUCUUGACCCCAAGAACUCUUUCUCUAAAUUUAAUGUUGAUAAGCUUGCUCAUCUUGCUGAUAUUUAUCAUGCAGACUUUUCUGAUGAUGUCCGAGAAACAAUAAGGGAUCAACUUGACACUUAUGUUCUUCAAGUUAGAAGAAAUACUUCAUUUUCCACUUUUGAAGAUGUUCAAAGUUUGGCUAUAAAGAUGGUUCAAACUGAGAAACAUUUGAAGAUAUUCAAAUCACUUGAUGAUAUUGAUAUUAUUCGAACAUUCACCGCAAUGAAGUCUCGAAAAUGA